AUGGCAGGCCUCUGGUACCUCGGACCAAUUAUUCUUGUUCUUUCAGCAAUUUCUCUCGCGGCCAAACCUUUGGGCCACGAAAUCUGCGUCGCUGCAUGCUAUAAUGCUCUGAGCGGCAUCGAGUUCACUGACCAGCCCGGGGGCAAUGGAACCUCCUGUCUCAACGACCUGAGGGUCUCCUCGAUAUACUUGUGUGCCCGAGACAGGUGUGAAGAUCAAGACCUCGAACCUGGGAUAUCAUGGUGGCAGAAACAGUGCAAGCAUUCUAGCAAGGUUAUCAAUGUGGUCAACUACCAUUCCACUGUGGACAACGUCUCUUUGGGGUCUAUCAGAUCUCUAACAACCGUGGAAUACAAGGAUGAUGGCGUCUUUGAUCAGGCAACCGUGCCCUCCGAUGGGGCGUGGGACUUGAUUUACGGCACUCUGCAUGCCUACAGUUUUCAACGGCACUUGCACAAUACCUACACGUGGAUUCCAUACGCCUUCUGGGCAUUGGUAUUUGUCAUUGUCACUGGCCACCGGACUCUUCAGGCGAUGAAAGCUGGGCUCCAUCUGAGUGACUCGAUGUUGAAGAAGGAUACAGAAACAAAGGCCAUCAGCCAUCGACCUCUUGCAGCUUGGAGCUCUGCCUACCGCAGUCAUAUUCUUCUGGCGCCAGCCUUUGGGCGCCGCCUCUAUCGGGGCUUUGGCUGGCUCACCGGAGGUACCCGUCUUCAGGCUCUGACUAUUCUCUGCUACCUCAUCAUGCACAUUGCCAUCGUGUCGGUCAGACACCCAACUAUGGAACGAAACAUCUACUACAAGAGCAGAGAAAUUCAGCGCCUCCGCUAUGUAUCUGACCGCAUCGGCGUCUUGAUGUCGGGCAGUAUGCCCUUUAUCUGGCUCUUUGGUACUCGCAACAACUUCUUCCUUUGGGCGACUGGGUUGAGCUUCAGCACUUUGCAGAUAUUUCAUCGAUGGGUUUCACUAAUCUUCGCUGUUGAAGCAAUUAUCCACGGGAGCUGCUUUACCGCUUAUUACCUUCAACAGACUGGCAAAGAGGGUUACAGGCACGAGCUCGCUGAUCCCCUGUUCGUAUGCGGUAUUUUGGCGGUGACCACCGUUUGCGUUAUGAUCCUCCUUACAUGGCGCCCCAUCCUGCGAACACUCUACGAGUUCUUUAAAGUCACUCACGUCCUUCUUGCAGUCGUUCUUCUUGUCGCCUACCACAGGCAUGUCGUGGGUCAGUUUCGAGGAAUGUAUCUUGUUUUCCUGUGGAUCUGUGUUGGUCUGUGGAGUUUCGACUACGCAAGUCGAAUCUUGCGCGUAAUCGUUGUCAACAGGCCCGGGAGAACCGAGAAAGGCAUAAGCACCUUAGCCAACAUCACAUACAACCCAGCGGCAGACAUCGUUCGCCUCACAAUACGGGGAGCUCAUAUCCCUUCCAUUCGGCCGGGGACAUACUAUUUCCUGUCCCUACCAGGCUCGAGCUGGAGAAUCUGGGAGCAGCACCCAUUCAGCGCCAUUCCCCUGCUUGACACGCCGAGCUCGGGCCCCUUAGAUACUGCAUCCGUUGGUCCAUCUCCUCCGCUCUCGCCGGAGCAAGCCAAAGAGGCAACCGCAUUCGCAAGCGUUAAACCCUUGAAAUCCUCCGAAUCUGUUGCGGCGUCCAAUCCCACCAGCGUCGCUGGUGUCACGUUCCUGAUCCGUCCUAAACAAGGCAUGACAGCACGUCUGCGCAACCGACUUGUGGCAUCAAUCCCGCACUCGACCACCAUGCAUGUGAUGCUCGAGGGACCCUACGGAAGUCAUUCACUCUCACGGUUCAAUCCCUCCCACUUCUCAUCCAUUCUCCUCAUGGCCGGCGGCUCUGGCAUCACGGCCACCCUGCCAUAUUUGCGGUCGAUUAUGGGAGUUUCUCAGUGCGACAGUGGUAAUGGUAAUGGCACAAGCGUAUCGAAGCGUGUCAACCUCGUCUGGAUCGCUCGGGAAGAGGAAUUCAUCAGAGACGUCCUAAGGCACGAGCUCCAGUGGCUACUCGCAGUGAUGAACAACCAACAGGCCACGAACCCGGUGAGAAUUGAGCUACACCUCUUCGCCACACAACAGCCAAGCGCGAAGCCCCAGGGGACACUGUCAACAUCCCAGUCCCCGUCCACGUCGGAGCAAUCUUCAAAGAUAUCGCUCUCAUCUCCCGCUAUCCACUCAGCUGCGGAAAAGCGAGACCUUAGCGCCAUCGAUAAAGAGUUCCGGGUAGAGAAAGAGACCGAGAAAGACGCCAUGUUCGACACGAGCUGGCCCCACCGCAACAGCACCGACGGAGCAAGCGUGGAGAUCACCUUCGCACGACCGGACGUAGCGCGACUUAUCUCCACGUUUUGUACUGCUGCAUCUUCCUCCCCUGCGACGUCUCAGUCGCCUUCACCCAGAGGCACAAACGACAGAAUAGCCGUCUUCGCGUGUGGUCCGAUGCAAUUGGCCGAGGAAGCGAGACACGCAACUCGACACCAAGCAGCAGCAGGAGCACGGAUGGAGUAUUUCGAGGAAGUCUACGGGUGGUAG